AUGUUAUCGUUUAAUCGAGGCUUUUCACUGUUAGUGAAUGGCAAACCCGUGAAUUUAGGGGGAGGAAGCGGAAGCGCGAACAGUCAGCCCUAUGCUGGAAAGAGACCUUCAUUCCGAAACAUUUGCAAUCCUCUCGGAAAUGUUUAUUUCAUCAUGGUAUUGAGCAUUGUGAUUUGGAUCAUUAUUCUCUCUCAAAUCGUGUGUGAGUUCUUUGUUUAUCCAGAUGGAGAUGUGUUUGUAAAAAUCAUGCCGAGAGCCUUUAUAUAUCCCAUCUUGUUGGUCUGUUUGAUUUUCUACAUUCCAACCGUAUUUAUGAGUCCGACGUAUAGUUAUUUGACGAACUUUAAUGUGAAUCAAAAGAUUCAGGAAAUUGUACAGAAAACGAUUAGAGAUACACCUAUUAUUGAGUUGCAUGUUUCAUGUUAUCACUAUGAAACGAGAACUCAAACCACUACAGAUGCGAAUGGAAGACUCAAAACUGAAUCAAGAUCUGUACGAGUGACAACUCACACCGAUUCUAAGCAAAUGCCAUUCGAAUUUCACCGAGAUUUUUCGCCUCCGUUUGCUAUUAAACAAACAGCUAAAACAUUUAUUAAAUUAGAUAUGGAUCAAAAGGUUUUCGUGACCAAUGAAGAAUCCAAGAAGAUUCUCGAUGAAGAACGUGUAGCCAUCUAUGUUUCAAAUAGAAAUCGUGACACACACAUGGAUUAUUCAGAAUUUUGGGGUACUGAAAACUUUGAGAGUUCCCUCCUCACACAUAAUCCCAACUCGAGAGUUCCAAAAAUCGCCACUCCUUUCUGGUAUCAAUUUUUCUGUCUCUUCUUUCUCGGAUGGGCCUACACAUUCUGGUUCAAUAACAUUUGCGACACUCAAGAAUAUACAUUCAUUAAGGAACUGUCCUAUCAUCCCUUCAACGAUGAACAAGUUGACAAUAAUGUCGAUCCAAGCAUGUACAUGGGAGGUGCGUACGGAUUUCAAUUCAGAGGAGGAUCUGGUGCUUUUGUCGAACCUUUAACAUGA